CUUUGUUUCAAUCCUGAGCGCCUUUUCGCAUGCUGCAGGUGCCCGAGAUACUCGAAAUUCACGAAGACUUUCUGAUGGAGCUGAACAGGAAAACCGAGAACUGGACGGCCGAGCAACGCUUCGGUGAAGUCUUCCUCGACAAGCUGACGCAUACCGCCGUUCUGGACACCUACACGGCGUUUGUGAACCACUGGCCGACUGCCAGGGAGGCUCUGCUGCGGUCGUGCCGGGCCAAACCGGAGCUGGCCAGGUUUCUGGAGGCUCUGGAGCGAUCCAACAAACGAAAAUUGAGCCUCACCCAGCUGCUCAUCAUGCCGGUGCAGAGGAUUCCACGAUACGAGCUGCUUCUCAAGCAACUGGUGGCACACACGCCGACGGAGCACCCGGACCUGCGGCCGCUGCGCGAAGCCUGCAGCGAGAUCCACCAGCUG